AUGACAGAUCAUAACAGUAAAACCGUAGCCAUAUAUUCAGUUCCAAAGUUACGUUGUUGUCAACUAACACAUCGAAAAUCAUUUAUUAUAGCCAUCUGUUUCAUAUUUAUAUUAUGCAUUAAAUAUGUAUCAUCACAAUAUCCUCUAUUAGUAAUACUGAAGUGGUUAUUAAUGCAACAUAAUGUUGAUCAUUCACCAUUUUUAAACGUAACGGGUAAACCAGAUGUAUUUCCAGAUCGAAUGCCUAUUAAUUUAACAAUUGCAUAUGUAGCAGAUACUAGUUUAUGGAAAGAAGCAAGCUUAUUAUACAAUUUAAUACGUUCAGAAUCACAGAUUGAUGCAUUAGUUGUAAGUGGUGAUUUAGAUUAUGUUGAUCAACCAUUAGCUAGGGAACAUUUAUUAACAAAAUAUUUUGGUUCAAAAUUUCCUAUAUUCAGUUGUGCAGGCAAUCAUGAUCAUAACUUUUGGCCAAAAUAUCAACAAACAAUAUUAGAUCGAUGGAAGCGUUCAGGUAUACACCAUAAAUGUUCAGGUAUCAUUGGUGUAGCGCAUAUGUGUACCUACAAAGGUUUAAUUAUCAUACAAAUUGCUCCAGGCAUAUUUGAAAAGUAUCGAUUUUAUGAUUAUAGUCAAUAUUUAGAGAACCAAUUAAAUUUAUAUCAUAGUCAAUGGAAAAUAUGCUCAUGGCAUAAAAAUCAACAUAAUAUGCAGCUCGGUAAUAAACAAGAUGAAACAGGUUAUGAUGUCUAUAAUACGUGUUUAAAACAUGGUGCAAUGAUCAUAACAGGACAUGAACAUAGUUAUUCAAGAACAUAUUUAAUGAAAGGUUUACAUGACCCAAUUGAAGUUUUAUCACGGAAUAGUACAUAUAUUCAAUUAUCUAAUGGAAGCUCAGUUGUUAUUGUUAAUGGUUUGGGUGGCUUCUCCGUAUCAGGUUAUACAAAUAAUUCAAUUGCACCGUAUUGGGCUAGUGUUAAUCAUGCAAAUAUCAAUGGACAUGCAUCAGCGUUAAUAUGCAAGUAUAACUUCAAUGGUAAUAUGAAACAAGCCUUAUGCUAUUUAAAAGAUAUUGUCCAUGGUAAAAGAGAUCAAUUUAUCAUAGAUGUCACUAAUAUACCAAUGAGUUAA